AUGUAUUGCAGACACUACAAGGGCCCUGAAGAUAAGCCUGUGGGUUAUAAAAACAGCAGCAGCCCUGUUGUCCUAAGGUACCUUAUACUUAUUCUCUUUUGUGUACAACAUGUAUAUGGAGGUGGAAAGAAAUACAUCGGUCCUUGUGGAGGAAGAGAUUGCUCCAUUUGCCAGUGCUUUCCUGAUAAGGGCUCUCGGGGUCAACCAGGACCACUAGGGCCACAGGGUCCAAUAGGGCCCUUGGGGCCCCCUGGGCCCAUUGGGAUUCCAGGAGAGAAAGGACUGAGAGGUGACAUUGGCCUUCCAGGAGCAGCAGGGGAGAAAGGAGAUAAGGGUCCAACUGGUGUUCCUGGAUUUCCAGGUUUGGAUGGUGUACCUGGUCACCCAGGGCCUCCUGGAUCCAGAGGCAAACCUGGCUUGAACGGCUACAAUGGCUCAAGAGGUGAUCCAGGGUUUCCAGGACACAGAGGAGCUCCUGGCUCGGGAGGCCCCCCAGGCCUUCCUGGAGAAUAUGGAGAAAAAGGAGAUUCAGUGUUCAUUUUAGGUAUCAUUAAAGGUAUUCAGGGAGACAGAGGGGACCCAGGACCACCUGGCUUACCAGGACCUAGGGGUACAAGAGGACCAGCCGGCCCCAUGGGAUAUCCUGGAGCACCAGGGUUAGUGGGACUUCCGGGCCAUCCUGGGAAUCCAGGUUUGAAGGGCAAUCCUGGUGUAGGAGUGAAAGGUCAGAUGGGAGACCCGGGUGAGGUUGGCCAGCAAGGUUUUCCUGGACCCACCUUAUUGAUAGAGCCCCCUGAUUCUAGUCUCUACAAAGGAGAGAAGGGUAUAAAAGGAAUUCAUGGGAUGACUGGAUUGCCGGGACCACCAGGACAUAAGGGAGAGCCUGGUAUUGGUGAAAAAGGAGAGAAGGGUAUUCCUGGAUUCCCAGGACCUCGGGGUGACCCUGGUUCCUACGGAUCUCCAGGUUUUCCAGGAUUAAAGGGAGAACAAGGACCGGUUGGAGAUCCUGGGCUGUUUGGAUUUCUUGGCCCAAAGGGGGAUCCUGGAGACCGUGGGUACCCUGGACCACCAGGUGUUUUGGUAACUCCAUCUCUUCCACUCAAAGGUCCUCCAGGGGACCCAGGGUUCCCUGGCCGCUAUGGAGAAAUGGGGGCUGUUGGACCACCGGGUCCCCCAGGUCACCCUGGCAGACCAGGAGACACUUGUCCAGGCAUGGUGGGACCCCCUGGGCCACCAGGGUUUCCUGGUCCUCCAGGGUUUCCUGGGCUAGCGGGUAUUCCUGGGAGACCUGACUCUGCCCCAGGAAAGCCGGGGAGGCCAGGACUACCUGGCCAGGCUGGAGCUCCAGGGCUGCAGGGACGCCCAGGAUCAGAUGCGAUAUAUUGUAGUGCUGGGCACCCGGGACCACCAGGAAUAAAGGGCAAAGUAGGUCCCCCAGGAGGAAGAGGCUCAAAAGGAGAAAAAGGAAAUGAAGGACUCUGUGCCUGCCAACCUGGUCCUGUGGGCCCGCCUGGCCCUCCAGGACUUCCUGGGAGGCAAGGGAGUAAAGGAGACUUAGGACUGCCUGGCUUUCUUGGAGAAAGAGGUGACCCAGGCCCUCCUGGUCCUGAAGGAUCUCCAGGGCCACCAGGAAAACCUGGUGCUUCGGGACGCCCUGGUGACAAAGGAGCCAAAGGUGACAUGGUUGUAUCCAGAGUUAAAGGGCACAAAGGAGAAAGAGGACCUGAUGGGCCCCCAGGGUUUCCAGGAGAGCACGGGCAACAUGGUCAGGAUGGACAUGCUGGAGAAAAGGGGGAUCCGGGACCCCGGGGGGAUCAUGAAGAUGCAGCCCCAGGUGGUAAAGGUUUUCCUGGACUACCAGGCUCCCCUGGGAAAGCAGGACCUGUGGGGCCUCCAGGACUGGGAUUUCCUGGUCCACCGGGAGAGAGAGGUCCACCAGGAGUUCCAGGCCACCCAGGUCUGAGGGGGCCCUCUGGCUUGAAGGGGCAGAAAGGUGACACCAUCCUUUGUAAUGUAACCUAUCCUGGGAGGCCCGGCUCUCCAGGUUCUGAUGGACCUCCAGGUCCAAAGGGAUUUCCAGGUCCUCCGGGGGCUCCUGGACCAAGGUGUCCGGAUGGGCAGAAAGGCCAAAGGGGCAAACCAGGAAUACCAGAAAUACCAGGUCCACCUGGUUUUCGUGGUGACAUGGGUGAUCCAGGCUUGGGAGGUGAAAAGGGAUCCUCCCUUAUUGGGCCCCCGGGCCUUCCUGGGCCACCUGGAGUGAAAGGUCAGAAAGGAAUCCCCGGAGAUCAUGCAUUUGGCCCCCCAGGACCCCCUGGAGACAGAGGUCUUUCAGGAGUUCCAGGGAUAAAAGGACCCAAAGGCCAACCUGGAUGCCCAGGGACAGAAGGGGUAGCUGGUGUUCCUGGACUCCCAGGUCUGAAAGGUCCCAAAGGCAGAGGAGGAAUUUCUGGAUUUCCAGGUAUCCCAGGGGAGCCUGGUCAUUCCUGUGAGAGAGGUGCACCAGGAAUCCCAGGCCAACCAGGACUCCCUGGGGCUCCAGGUAGUCCAGGUGCCCCAGGUUGGAAAGGGCAGCAAGGAGAUAUGGGGCCUCCUGGGCCAGCUGGAAUGAAGGGCCUCCCUGGGCUCCCAGGAUUGCCAGGUGCAGGUGGACUCCCAGGACCUCCAGGAAUCCCAGGACCCUUUGGGGAAGAUGGGCUGCCUGGUCUUCCAGGCCCAAAGGGACCCCAGGGGCUGCCUGGCUUCGCAGGUUUUCCCGGAGAGAGAGGAAAACCAGGUCCAGAAGGACAACGUGGAAGAAAGGGAGAGACUGGAGCCAAGGGCUGGCCUGGCUUCCCGGGAGAGCAGGGGGCAAGAGGUGUCAAAGGAGCAAGAGGACCUCCUGGAAAUGAAGGAGAGAUGGCCAUCAUUUCCAAGAAGGGGAAACCUGGGGAAGCUGGGCCUCCUGGGGACAAUGGCUUCCCAGGAGAGAGAGGUGAUACAGGAAGUCCUGGAAUGCAAGGGAGAAGAGGAGAGCCAGGAAGAUAUGGCCCACCUGGAUUCCACAGAGGGGAGCCUGGUCGAAAUGGGCAGCAUGGGCUUCCUGGACCCCCUGGUCCUCCAGGCUCACCUGGCCUAAGAGGGAUCAUUGGCUUUCCAGGGUUUCCAGGAGACCAGGGUGAGCUGGGCUAUCCAGGCCCCCCUGGAUUUUCAGGAAUUGAUGGAGCAAGAGGACCUAAAGGAAGCAAAGGUGAGCCUGCCAGCCAGCGUGGCCCACCUGGUCCUAAGGGUGACCCAGGCAGCCCUGGAUGUCAAGGACAUGUUGGAGCCCCUGGACAUCAAGGCCUGCCUGGAGUUCAAGGACUGAAAGGACCAUCAGGAAAGCCAGGCCUGCCUGGCUCGUUGGGACCACCAGGGUGUCCAGGUGAUCAGGGGAUGCCUGGGCAGAAGGGCCAUCCAGGAGAAAUGGGAGAGCCUGGGUCCACAGGUCUCCGGGGGGAUCCAGGGCUACCAGGACCUCCAGGAAUAAAAGGUCCUUCGGGGUCUCCUGGCCUGGACGGUUUGCAUGGUUUGAAGGGUCAGAAAGGAAGCAAAGGUGCCUCAGGUUUACAUGAAAUGGGCCCACCCGGUCCAGUGGGACUCCCUGGGCUAAAAGGGGAGACAGGAGACCCUGGAAGCCCAGGAAUUUCUCCUCCUGGCCUUUUUGGUGAAAAAGGUCUCCCAGGUCCCCCAGGGAGACCCGGACCACCUGGUCCAGCAGGCGUUCCAGGAAGACCUCCUAAGGGUGACAUUCCUGACCCAGGUCCACCUGGAGAUCAGGGACCUCCUGGCCCUGAUGGUGCAAGAGGUGCACCCGGGCCUCCAGGACCUCCUGGGAGUGUUGACUGCCUGAGAGGGGAACCAGGUGACUGUGGUCUGCCAGGGCCACCGGGGCCACCAGGUCCCCCAGGCCCUCCAGGGUGCCAGGGUGUUCCAGGAUGUGAUGGAAAAGAGGGCCAAAAAGGACCAAUGGGGUUUCCAGGGCCUCCAGGGCCACCUGGUCUUCUGGGGCCACCUGGAGAGAAGGGUUUACCUGGACCUCCAGGUAGAAAAGGGCCCACAGGUCCUCCAGGUCCCAGAGGUGAACCAGGGCCACCUGCAGAUGUGGAUGCCUGUCCCCGGAUCCCAGGGCUUCCUGGAGUGCCAGGCACAAGAGGACCAGAAGGAGCUGUGGGGCUCCCAGGACAGAGAGGCCCCCCAGGACUAGGGUGCAAAGGAGAACCUGGACUGGAUGGCAGGAAGGGCAAUGAUGGUGUCCCUGGGCCUCCUGGACCUCCUGGACACAAAGGUGAUGCUGGAGAGGCUGGUUGCCCUGGAGCCCCAGGCCCUCCUGGUUCCCCUGGUGAUCCUGGGCCCAGAGGAGUUGGCCCUGGAUACCUCAGUGGCUUCCUCCUAGUACUCCACAGUCAGACAGCUCAAGAACCCUCCUGCCCUGUGGGCAUGCCCCAGCUCUGGACCGGGUAUAGUCUGUUAUACCUGGAAGGCCAAGAGAAAGCUCACAAUCAAGACCUUGGUCUGGCGGGGUCUUGCCUUCCGAUGUUUAGCACCCUGCCCUUUGCCUACUGCAACAUCCACCAAGUGUGCCACUACGCCCGGAGGAACGACAAGUCCUACUGGCUAGCCAGCGCAGCGCCCCUCCCCAUGAUGCCCCUCGCAGAGGAGGACAUCCGCCCGUACAUCAGCCGCUGUGCCGUGUGCGAGGCCCCCGCACAGGCGGUGGCGGUGCACAGCCAGGAUCAGACCAUCCCCCCGUGUCCACGGGCCUGGAGGAGCCUCUGGAUCGGGUACUCCUUCCUGAUGCACACAGGAGCUGGGGACCAAGGAGGAGGGCAGGCCCUCAUGUCGCCUGGCAGCUGCCUGGAAGAUUUCAGAGCGGCACCGUUCCUUGAAUGCCAGGGCCGGCAGGGAACUUGCCACUUUUUCGCAAAUGAGUACAGCUUCUGGCUGACGUCGGUGCAACCAGACAUGCAGUUUUCCUCCGCCCCCUCACCAGACACCUUGAAAGAAGGCCAGGCCCAGCGCCAGAAAAUCAGCAGGUGCCAGGUCUGUGUGAAGUAUAGCUAGAGAAGGCGGAACUCAUCAGCGUGUGCCAAGAGACACUUCGGAGGGAGCUCAGGCUUCCCAGGCUGUGCUAAGAGAUUCACUGGUGCUAUUCUGGACCCCACUUCAUUUUCAGCUGUUCCCUGUCUCAAGGUGGUCAUUCCCAGAGUCCUCCAGGUCCUCCUCCCUCCUUCCUUACAGAUUAAGCAAAGGUUACAUGGUGGAUUUGUUUUUACCCACUAAUCUAGAUGAAGCCCACAUAUUCUUACUUUGUUGGGGAUGGUGGAGUAUAGG